AGUGAUUAUUUUCCACGUCACACCGCAGCCCGAAUUUCAACGUCAAGCGAACGCCGAACAGUCAUGCUGAUUGAGAAUAGAACAUUGCGCGCAAUUAAGGACAAUUUUCAUAAUCUCUAUGCAAUUUAAAUAUUGACAUUCCGCUUUUCUGUUUUCAGGAAAAGGUAUCAACUCCCCCUUGUGGGGUAAAAGGUAGCUGUGGUUGCCCUGACGUUGGAUACGCACAGUUCUACCUGUCCGUCUCUUGUACGAGGGAAAGGCCGGAAACGAUGGCGGAACUCCCCGGAUCAGAACCCCGAAUUUACAGUUUUGGGAAAGUCGCAUGUGGGAUACUGACUCACGUGCUUUGUGUUGUCUUCACUGUGCUUAUCACGGUAUUGGCCAAGCCUGGAACAAGUUUGUUCUCUUGGCACCCUUUCCUGAUGACACUGGCGUUCUCCCUCUUCAUGACAGAGGCUGUGCUCCUCUUCUCUCCACAUUGCUCUCCCAUUCGGAAGCUUUCCCACAAGACCAAGGGGCGUGUCCACUGGAUCCUGCAGUGCCUCUGUGCCAGCUGUGCCACCCUGGGCCUGGCAUCCAUCUUCUACAACAAGCACCUGAAUGGCAAGCCCCACUUCGCCUCGUGGCACGGCCUGGUGGGCCUGGGGACAUUGUGUGUUGUUGGGGUGCAGUCUCUGGCCGCUCUGCCCCUCCUCUACCACUCCCUGGCUAAGGGGUGGUCCCUGGCUAAGCUAAAGCGCUACCACGCAGCGUCUGGCCUAGUCACAUACCUGCUGGGAAGUGUCAGUCUGCUCCUGGGCAUAUGCUCAGUGUGGUUUACAGGCGCUGUGGGAGGAUACACCUGGUACCUGGUAGCACUGUGCCCUGCCCUCAGCACCCUGGUCAUCAUGAGCCAGGUGUCCAAUACCUACAUGGCUAAGAAACGGCUGGUGUCCUAACCAGGCUGGCCGACCUAAACCAAGCUCACAAACAUCAGCCAUAAACUAUUACUGUAUUCAAAUGAAGCUUUAAUAAAAGCUUUACCGUAAGGCUAUCUUUGGAAGACCAACCUGCAUUCUGCCUAAUGUCCAAAAGUACCAGUGCCUUAUAUUGGUGAAAUUAUGAUUUUGUUACAUCUACAGCUGAACUAGUUCUAAUUUCAAAGUUUGGUCUUUGUAUGUUAAUUCUACCUUGAGCAAAAAAAGUGCAAGGAAUCAUCAA